AUGUGUUCGGGGACUUUGGAUGGUCGCUUUGCUUUGCCAUGGCGGCAGGGCGCCACUGUUGAGAUCCUGCAACAAGGCAUUCGAAACAGCCAAGCGCAACAACAUGAGCCUCACAUGUCAAAUUUUCGCAAGCAUACCGGAAUGCUCAACAUUCUUCUGAGCAACAAAACGGAGGGGACGCUGCCUGCGAACGUUGACAAGUACUCGUUUUCCACAUCUGCACCAGUGGCAAAAGAGCUGGAUUCUCAGGAUAAUGGGUUUCUUCCGCAGCCUCCAUUGCCGUGGAUUGCUGAAGGCCACCAAGGCAAGAGCGCGACACACACUCAGUUGAUUCAGCAUGCUCGGGCGCAGCAAUACCUGUUUGGUAAGCCGCAGCUCAACAGUUGCACAGUGAAAAUGACACACAAGAUCCUGAUGUGGGGCGCAGAAGACAAUGGUCAAACUGUCCUGGCUGGCGAAUACCGGACCCACCCUGCAUACUCUGCACUCUGGGAACCGGCUUCUCUUCGAUUCUUGGGAAUCCCUUCAUUUGGCGUUCGUUUCAUGCUCAUUUUGUGCUCACUUCGGAAUGGAUUGCUAAGCGGCCACGGACCCAGCGCCCCUAUCAGGCAUGCUGCCGUUAAGGGCAAGGCUUACUCGCCCCCAAACUAA